UUAUCUUUGAUUGACAUGAGUAUAAUCCAAAACGAAGGUAAACUAUAUACAAAUCGAAAGUAAACUGUACUUUUAAAAAUGGGUAAGGGAUUUAGCACGUGUAGUUACAAAAUAGACCAUGGGUAUUCCACAGGCAGCAGGAGGAUUUGCAAGCGCGGCUCUUUGAGUAUGAAAAGGAAAUAUCGACGUUGACAGAAAAAGAACAACACUAUGCGUUGCAACGGGAGCAAUUUGAAAACGAAAUAUCGAGGUUGAAACGAAAAUUAGACACUUGGUACGCUGCUUGUUCUGAGGAAAUGGAGAGAAGCGGAUGUAUGGAGAACACCAACGAUGUGCACAAGAACAGUAACCUGGCCGACCGGUUCGACGGCAAAGUCAAGGACUUGUGGCUGGACCUGUGUGACCUUAUAUCCCUUUACUUUCCAAAUUUGUCAGAGCUAGAUCGGUUGAAAAUAUUGUCCUAUAUUACUCAGUUCGUGUAUCAACAAUGUUCUCGUAAAGCUGAGAAGGCCAUUCAAAGUUUUACAUUUGGACAUGUCGAAAUGGUGACGAAAAAGGAGCUUAACAUACUUCUUGCCAUCCGAAAAAGAGCAGGUAAAGCGGAAAGAACUAGGGAUGCUAUUGUGCAGGAAAUAUACGACAAGACAAUGAAAACGGAGAAUGUAAAGAAAAUAGUGAAGCCUCAACAUUCCAAACUUACGUCUACGUUAACAAAUUUCAUAAAAGAACUUGCGGAUGUUUGUUGGUUGAUGUCGAUCUCGCAACCAGUAUUGUUCCUUAAUUUUGAGUUUAAAGCUUCAAUGACAGAAAAGUUUGUAGAGUAUUCCGCGGAAGUUGCGCCAGAUGUCGAUGGAAAUCUAAAAACCGGGGAUGUUUUGUUGGUGGUGCGACCAUCGGAAAUAUACGCCAAGACAAAGACAACGGAGCAUGUACAGAAUAUAGUGACGCCUCAACAUUCCGAACUUACGUUUACUCUAACUAAGUUCAUAAAAUAACUUGCGGAUGUUUGUUGGUUGAUGUCUAUCUCGCAACCAGUAUUGUCCCUUUAGUUUAAGUUUGAAGCUUCAAUAAGAGAAAAGUUUGUAGAGUAUUCCGCGGAAGUAACGCCAGCUGUCGAGGGAAAGCUAAAAACCGGAGAUGUUAUGUUGGUGGAGCGACCAUCGGUAGAAUAUAAAGACGCAAGUGGAUAUUUAAAGAAAGGGGAAGUAGUUAUAGUUCCUCAAUCUGUGGGAACGACCGUUAAAAUAGAACGUUUUGUUAAUUUGCGUUUCUGUGAUAUCAUAAUAAAUAGAAACUUUAGGACAAUAUAUACGCUAUUGUACAUUUUAAAUCAUUUUUCAUUUUAUAUUAUAUAUAUAUUAUUUUUAUUAUAUUUUUUUAUUCGCAUCUAAACUUUCUUUAUC